AUGGAUGCUUUGGAAGAAUUGAAGAAUGAUAUGAAUAUUUUGAUUUUAUUUUCACAGUCUUCUACUACAAUUUUACUGCACUCGUUUUCUGCUUCUUCACACCUAUUUGUGUCGUUAGUUUUAUUCAUUUCCUGGGCUUGCAAGAAAUGCAUGAUGACUACCCUUGAAAAUUCAAAACCAAUGUUGAAGAAUGCAUAUUCUAUGUACUAUUGGCCAACUCUUAUAUCUUGCAUAGGUCUAUCAGUCUGUGAUCUUCUCAUAUUUGUGUUAAACUACUUCUUUGGUUACAGACAUGGUUGUCAUGAUAUAAAGAUUUUCGUCCUGUUGGAUUUUGGAUUUAGAACACUUACUUGGUUUGUGAUCUCCGGUUACUUGCACAUCCAAUUCUCUCAUUCAAGUGAACAAAGGUUACCCAUUUUAUUAAGGAUUUGGUGGAUAUUCUACUUCCUAAUGUCUUGUUCCUAUCUUGUUAUACAUAUUGGUUUGUAUUGCAAACAUUCGUCCAUUCCUUUCCUGCUAUGGGUCUCCGAUGGCAUAUCUGUUAUUGUUGGUUUGUUCUUUUGUUACUUGGUGUUGUUUGGCAAAGGGGCAGAAGAAGAACAUGUUCAUCUAUUGGAGCCUCUUUUAAAAAGUAGUUCCAAUCAAAGCAAUACUGACAAUGGACAAGAAUCAAGAGUCGGUGGAGACAAUAUAACUCCUUAUGCAAAUGCCGAUUUUCUUAGUAUUUUUACUUUUUCUUGGUUAGGCCCUUUACUUGCACUCGGGAAUAAGAAAACAUUGGACCUUGAAGAUGUUCCUCAACUUGACAAUAGUGACAGUGCCAAUAUGGUGUUUUCUAUUUUUAGAACUAAUCUUGAAUAUGAUAAUAAUGGCAGUGGUAAUGGAAGUAAAGUAAGCACACUCAAGCUAGGGAAGGCAUUGAUUCUCUCAACAUGGAAAGAAGUUUUGUGGACGGCUUUAUUCACUAUUAUAUGCACAUUGGCUUCUUAUGUUGGACCAUCCCUUAUUGUUGCCUUUGUUCAGUAUCUCAACAGUAAUCGCCAAACAAAAUAUAAAGGCUAUGUGAUAGUGUUUAUUUUUUUCCUUUCAAAGCUUAUAAGGUGCAUCUUUGAGAGGCACUUAUUCUUUCAAUUGCGAAAGAUGUCAAUUAGAGUACGUGUUGCUUUGUUUGCAAUAAUCUACAAGAAAGGUCUUAGGCUUUCAAGCCAAUCAAAGCAAGGCCACACUAGUGGGGAGAACAUUAAUUUAAUGAGUGUUGAUGUUGAGAGGACUGGCCUUUUCUGUUGGUACUUGCACAAUAUAUGGAGGGUGCCGGUUCAGGUUGUUCUAGCAUUAAUGAUCUUGUAUAACAGAAUUGGGAUUGCUUCACUUGUAGCUUUCGUUUCCACAAUGAUUUUGCUGAUAGCAAAUGUACCACUAGGAAAACUACAGGAGAAAUUCCAAAGAGAAUUGAUGGAUUCAAAGGAUCGACGGAUGAAGGUGACAUCUGAGGCUCUAAGAAAUAUGCGGAUUCUCAAGCUCCAAGGUUGGGAUAUGAAAUUCUUGGCUCAGAUAAUUGAGCUCAGGAACUUUGAAACAAGAAGAUUAAAGAAGCUACUUUAUUCAUCAGCUAUGAUUUCUUUUGUCUACUUGUCUGCUCCCAUGUUUGUAUCCACGGUUACUUUUGGGUUUUGUGUGCUAAUAGGAAUUCCCUUAGAGUCGGGAAAGAUUCUAUCUGCACUUGCUAUAUUUGAGAUUUUGCAAGAUACCAUUUAUAAUCUCCCAAACCUAAUCUCUACAGUAGUUCAAACUAAAGUUUCCCUCAAUAGAAUAGUAUCAUUCCUUUGUCUUGAUGAUCUUCAUUCAAAUAUAGUACAGACGCUUCCAAGAGAUAGUGACAAUGUUGCAAUUGAAAUUGUAAAGGGAAAUUUCUCUUGGGACUUUCAUACCCCUAACCUCACAUUAAAAGAUAUCAAUUUACAAGUGUAUCAUGGUAUGAAAGUGGCUAUUUGUGGUUCUGUUGGGUCAGGCAAGUCAACCCUACUUUCAUGCAUAUUGGGAGAAGUGCCAAAGUUGUCUGGAACAAUUAAGUUGAAUGGAACAAAGGCCUAUGUUGCACAAUCACCUUGGAUACAAAGUGGCAAAAUAGUAGAUAAUAUAUUGUUUGGCAAGCAGAUGGACAAGGAAAAGUACAAUAUGAUCCUUGAAGCAUGUUCAUUGAAGAAGGACUUAGAAUUGUUUGCCUUUGGGGACCAGACUAUCAUAGGGGAGAGGGGGAUCAACUUGAGUGGUGGGCAGAAGCAAAGAAUCCAGAUUGCACGUGCUUUGUACCAUGAUGCUGAUAUUUAUCUUCUUGAUGAUCCUUUUAGUGCUGUGGAUGCUCAUACAGGAACUCAUCUAUUUAAGGAGUGCCUACUAGGAAUAUUGAGUUCAAAAACAAUAAUAUAUGUUACCCACCAAGUAGAGUUUCUACCUUCUGCUGAUCUUAUUUUGGUUAUGAGAGAUGGAAUGAUUGCUCAAGUAGGAAAAUAUGAAGAAAUUCAUAGUUUAGGAACUGACUUUAUGAAAUUGGUGGGUUCACAUAAGAAAGCUUUAGCAGUCCUUAACUCUGUCGAACAUGAGGCUAAUUUGGAUAAUUUCAUUGCUAGUAAAGAAGAUGAUAAUAUUCUUUGUAGGAAGAAACCUAAUGAAGAUGUUGAGGACAGGGAACCCAAAAACUACAAAACAGAGAAAUCGGUUCAAUCAGAAGGGCAGCUUGUCCAAGAAGAAAAGAGAGAAAAGGGUGGAGUGGGUCUUUCAGUCUAUUGGAAGUACGUUACUGCUGCAUAUAAAGGGGCUUUUGUUCCGUUGAUAUUGCUAGCACAAAUUCUUUUCCAACUUCUCCUAAUAGCCAGUAGUUAUUGGAUGGUGUUGUCUACUCCCGAUUUAGAGGAUGUGAGAUCACAUGUUAAAGGAUCCACCCUUAUUUUUGUUUAUGUUGUUUUGACUCUUGGAAGCUCUUUUUGUGUACUUAUAAGGUCCAUACUCAUUGUAACUUCUGGAUAUAAGACGGCCACUCUAUUUUUCAACAAAAUGCAUUUGUGCAUUUUUCGUGCUCCCAUGUCUUUUUUUGAUUCUACUCCGAGUGGAAGGAUUCUAAAUCGGGCAUCUAUAGAUCAAAAUGCACUUGAUACCUCUAUACCACAUCAAAUUGAAGAACUUCUUAUGUCGCUCAUAGGAUUCCUGGGAACUAUUGCAGUAAUGUCACAGGUUAAGUGGCAUAUGUUAAUAGUUUUUAUUCCGAUGACUGUGACAUGCGUCUGGUACCAGAAAUACUACAUAUCUACAGCACGAGAACUGGCACGGCUAUGUGGAGUAUGCCAUGCUCCAAUUAUACAACAUUUUUCUGAAUCCAUUUUAGGUUCGACUACAAUUAGGUGCUUUGAUCAAGAAGAGAUGUUUAUGGAGACAAACCUCAAGCUGGUGGAUGUGUUUUCUCGGCCCAAAUUUUAUUUCUCUAGUGCGAUGGAGUGGUUAUGCUUCCGCAUGGAUAUAUUAGCAUCCAUCACGUAUGCCGUGUUUUUAGUUUUCUUGAUCUCAAUGCCAAAGGGAGUACUUAGUCCUGGUGUUGCGGGUUUAGCAGUUACAUUGGGACUUGGUUUCAGUAUGCAUGGGGUUAUAUGGGAUCUUACAGUUCUUGAGAAUAAAAUCAUUUCCGUUGAGAGAAUAUUGCAGUAUGCCUACAUCCCUAGUGAACCUUCUCUGUUGGAAGAUGAAAAUAAGCCAAAUCAUGAAUGGCCAUCACAAGGGAAAAUUGAUUUUGUUGAUUUGCAGGUCCGAUUUGCCCCACACCUUCCUCUUGUCUUGCGAGGUCUCACAUGCACUUUUCCUGGAGGGUUGAAGAUUGGCAUCGUUGGGAGAACAGGAAGUGGUAAAACAACUCUUGUACAAGCUCUCUUCCGUAUACUUGAACCUGUGGCUGGUCAAAUUUUGGUAGAUGAUAUUAACAUAUCUAAGAUUGGGCUUCAUAAUUUGCGAUCAAAAUUGAGUAUCAUCCCGCAAGACCCCACAAUGUUUGAGGGCACUCUACGAAGCAAUCUUGAUCCACUUGAAGAGUACACUGAUGAACAGAUAUGGGAGGCUUUAAAUAAAUGUCAGCUUGGUGAUGAAAUUAGAAAGAAGGAAGGGAAUCUUGAUUCUGCAGUGACUGAGAAUGGAGAGAAUUGGAGUAUGGGUCAAAGGCAACUAGUUUGUUUAGCGCGGGUAUUACUCAAAAAAAGCAAAGUGCUAGUACUUGAUGAAGCUACUGCUUCAGUGGAUACUACAACUGAUCAUCUAAUCCAACAAACACUUCUUCAACACUUCUCAGGGUCUACUGUCAUUACAAUCGCACAUAGAAUAACAUCAAUUCUUGAUAUUGACUUAGUCAUGUUUCUCGACAACGGCAAUAUAUUAGAAUAUGAUUCUCCAACCAAAUUGUUAGAGAUCAAGACCUCUUCAUUUGCACAACUUGUUAGGGAGUAUACUCAAAGAUUUAGUUCUUAGUAUUUGAAAGGCUAAAUAGGUAAGUUAGAGCAUUCAAAGUAAGGAGGCUGCAUUAAAGGG